AUUUUUGGAGGAGGAACGUCCGCCAGCUGUUCCACUACUCAGCGGCAGUGUGGUGAUCAGAAAACGCGGACGAUACCACUUUUUCCGCCGUUGCGCCGAGUUCUGAAUAUCUGAAUCAGAUUUUAUAUAAUUUGGAGUCCACAUGGAGUUCGACGCCACGUACCACGAGAUCUGCUCCGCGCAGACCGUCCAGUCGGAGAAGAGGGGAUUCUUCAACGAGUUCUGCGUGGACGUGCGGGAUGCAUGUGGCGACAAGUGGCUGCGGAACUACUUUGGCAAACUGAAGUCCAAUGCAGCCCGAGUUCUCUCCAUCUUCAGCGAUCGCGAGGUGUGCGAUCCCGUGCUCGGUGUCCUGGAGCAUGUGCAGCCGGUGUUCAAGCAGAAGGAUGCCCUCUUCUCAGCUCAACGACGUGCCCAGGCCGACAAGCUUUAUCUGAUGAGUGGCAGUGGCAGUGGCGAGGGCGAGGAGAGCAGGGAACUGCUGCACCAGGCUCUCAUGGCCGCCAAUCUUGCCGUGAUGCGGGCUCCCGACCGCAAUGCAGAUCCUGUCAUCGAUGAGGGCCUCACCUUGGCACUGGCCUACAGGUCGAGGGCUUCCAUACUGAUCCGCUUGGGCGAGGGAGAGGCUGCCUUGAGUGACCUCAAAUUGGCCAUCAACUUUGGACUGGAGCUUAAGUCUAGUGUGGAUUACUACUUGAAGAUGGCCAAAGCUUAUGCAGUCAUGGGAGAACCUGCCCGCGCUGAGAUCUCAGUGAAGAUAGCCGAGAAGAUGCCAGGCUGUGACUCCACCCACAUCGCCCUGUGUCGCAAGGAGAUAUCUGCAGUCAAGCCGAAAGCCAAGGAAGUCUCCGCGGAACAGGUGCCACAACUGGCACAUGGCGAGAGUGCCGAACUGAUUGGUGCGUCCAAGGUGGUGAGGCUGGUGGAGACCAAGGAUAAGGGUCGUUUUGUGGUGGCCAAUGAGGGUCUGAGAGCCGGCGAUGUUCUGCUCUGUGAGGAGCCAGUGGCCGCCUGUUUGGAGCCCACGUACUUUGGCACUCAUUGUCAUCAUUGCUUCAAGAGGCUGAGCACUCCAGUUUCGUGUCUCCAUUGCUCGGGAGUCGCCUUCUGCUCCGCUCAGUGCAUGGGCGAGGCCAGCUCCAGUUACCAUCGCUUCGAGUGCGAGUACAUGGAUCUGAUGAUCGGUUCGGGCAUGUCCAUCCUGUGCUUCAUCGCCCUGCGAGUCUUCACGCAGGCGCCCAGCUUGGAGCAGGGCUUGGCCACUGCCAACCUGCUCUUCGAGCAUUUGUGCUCCCACGAGGAGGAGCGCCAGCCGGACGACUACCUGCGACGAGCUCUGAUGUCUGGCUUCCUGUUGCGCAUCCUGCAGAAGUCGCUGUACUUCGGACGUCGCAAGACUGAGGGCGUGAAUCCCACGGCCGUGGAGCUGCAGGUGGCCACCGCUUUGCUGGGCCUGCUGCAGGUGCUCCAGUACAAUGCCCACCAGAUCUAUCAAACGCAAGUGACCGAGGAGCACCGAUUCGAUGGCAGUAAGACGGUGUAUCUGGCCGCCGGCCUUUAUGGUACCGGUUCCUAUUUCAAUCACGAGUGCUGGCCCAGCACCGCUUGUCAUUUUGUGGGCAAGAAGCUGGUCCUUACAGCCACCAAGCCGCAUCGUGCCAAUGAAUUGGUGGCGGUGAACUACGGACCCAUUUUCAUCAAAAAUAACUUGAAGGAGAGGCAGCGAUCCCUGCGCGGACGCUACUCCUUCAGCUGCAACUGCAUGGCCUGCCAGGAGAACUGGCCAUUGCUCCAGAAGCUGGACAAGCAAGUGCGCUUCUGGUGCACCUCAGCCAACUGCUCUAACUUGCUCAAGUUCCCCAAGGACUUGGCGAAGGAUGUGCGUUGUCCUCGCUGCCGCAAGAACAUCUCACUCAAGGAGAGCGUGGCCAAAUUGAUCAAGAUCGAGGAGCUGUAUCGAGAAGCUGCGCGGGCCAUGGAGGCCCAGAAAACCGGAGAGGCUAUUGAACUCUUCAAGGAGGCACUCGAGAUGUUCUUCCACGUGGCUGCACUGCCUCACAAGGACACCAUAGUGGCGCAGCAAUCGCUCCACAAGUGUUUGUCCGACACUGGGACCACUUUUAAAAAGGAGGCAAAAUGAAGGAAAACAAGUUAAUGGCUUGUGCACGUAUUAUUAAUUCGUUUUUUCUACUUGAUUGCAAAAUA